UAAAGCGAUCGUUUUAAGUAAUCACCAACGAAUUUAAUCGUCCUUAAAAAUUGGAGUCUGGAUUUCGUCGACCACUUUAAAAGGAUUUAGGAAACAAAAAUGCCUCAUCCAGGAAAUGAAUAUAAAAAGAAUGUCACAAAACAAUUCUGGAAGUUCUUGUCAACAGAGCGUCUCAGACCAUCCACUAAAAUGGAGCUUAGACAGGUGUAUUAUGAUCAGUUUAAGAAAACAUUGGAUCAUUCAUCACCUACUGUGUCUUUCUCCACAAUCUUGUUUCACCUCAAAAGGAUGAAGAAAUUGGUUAAGAGUAAAGAUGGUUCUGAUACAUUGUUAUACUUUGAACGGAAGGGCCGUCGCUUGGUCCUAGCAGUCGACCAGUCAUUUGUGCAACGCAAGCAAAAAAAGGCAUCCAAAGCAAAGGGAGAAGAUGAUGAAAAGGAUAUUGAUGAAACAGACAGGGAAAAGUUUUCAGAACACGAUGAUGAUGAUCCUGUGAUGGAGUUGAAAAAGUUAUUUCUCAAACACAAAGAAUCGUUCAUCCAAGAUAAAAAUGGAGUAAGAGUUUGUUCAGAUUUGGACAGGGAACAUGGUGUGAUAGAUUUUGGCCAAACGCGUUUAACAGAUAGUGCGCCAAUCACAGAAAUUACUGUGAAGAAUGCAGGUACCAAUGCCAUUAAACUGAAGCGAUUUGUAGCCCUGGAGUCUGUGAGUGAUUUUAUGCUUUCGGAUAAACACAGUGUCACAGUUACUGGAAAAGUCAAUAAGGUUAUUAAACUACCUGUUGGGAAAUCUUACAAAAUAUCAGCACUCUUUAAACCAAGCUGUCUAGGAGAAUUUAAGCAGCCAAUUGUGUUUGAAUUUGAAGAGGAAGGAGACACAGCACAGACAUAUCACAUAGCGCGGUUCUUGACGGGACAAGGGACUAAUGAGGAUGUCGAGAGCAUCCUUCCAGUACACAAGUAUCGGCAUCCCAAGGCUGUAGCAAGAGUGGUGGAUCCCAAAGUUCAAAUCAUAGGUGGAAUUCCUCCUCCACGACCUGACAGUAAACUGCGGUACGCCACCCCUCUCAAAGACUACCACAUCCCCUUCCAAUUGCGUCUGUGAUUAAAUCAAGGCAAACCUGGUGAAGAACUAUCAACACUCUUGGAGCUUGAAGUUGCACCACAAAUGCCAGAAUACUCUCAAAAGUUUGCUUCACUUCUUCACAUUGAGGAACUUCAAAUGGAAGUUGACAUUCGUCAUUAUGACAUGGAGGAUGUGGUUCUCACUCCAUCGACUCAAGGAGGAUUUCUGAUCCUAAAGGUUCCUGGACUUGCAGAGAAUCGACCAUCAGUUGUGAGAGGUGACCAGAUCUUGGUGAGGAUGAAAGACAACAAAGGGCAGCUAGAAAAAGAAGAGUAUCAAGGAUUUGUCCACAUCUUAGGCUUAAAUGAUGUGCAUUUAAAGUUCUCUCCCAAAUUCCAUACGAAAUAUAUCAUGGGAAUGAAACUGAAUGUCAGAUUCACAUUUAACAGAACACCCUUAAAACUGAUGCAUAGAGCUCUAGAAAUUGGUUUCCAAAUGAUAGAAGAAGAGACACAAGUUGCCUCUUUAAGACUUGCAGUUGGCACACACCUAGAUCCUUUCUUGCAAGGAAGUGAGCUAGAUUUUAGUUUUUUUGAUGCAAAGCUUCAGGAUAACAAGGAACAGGAACAGGCUGUGAAGAACAUUGUUGCUGGGACAUCAAGACCAGUUCCAUACCUGGUUUUUGGACCUCCUGGAACAGGAAAGACUGUGACAAUAGUGGAAGCUAUCAAACAGGUAUUGAAGUUGUUCCCUGAGAGUUGCGUUCUUGCCUGUGCUCCAUCCAACAGUGCAGCAGAUCUGCUAUUACAGAGAGUUAUGGAGCACACAGUUAUCCCAAGGUCAAAGGCCAUUCGGCUGAAUGCCUUUGGAAGGUCACUGUUAUCACUGCCAAAAGAUAUUAAGGAUGUCUGCUGUCUGACAUCAGGAGGGGACUUCUUUUUCCCAUGUAAAGAGGAGAUCAUGGACAAGCGUCUUGUAGUUUGCACUCUGAUCACUGCAGGAAGGUUAGUCUCGGCUGAGAUUCCCAACCAUCACUUCACUCAUGUGUUCAUUGAUGAAGCUGGCCACUCCUUGCAGCCUGAAUGCUUGGUCCCCCUGGCAGGAAUGUUCAGCACAGAAACUCCAGGAGGGGGACAACUAGUCCUAGCAGGGGACCCCCAACAGCUUGGCCCAGUGCUGCGAUCUCCAGUAGCUAUUAAGCAUGGCCUUGGUAUAUCCCUUUUGGAAUGGAUGAUGACAAAGUUGCCUUUCUAUGGACGAAUACGACACGAUGAGGAAGAUGAACUUGGAGAGUAUAACCCACUGAUUAUCACAAAGUUAUUGAAGAACUACAGAUCACAUCCAUCUAUCUUAGAGCUGCCGAAUGAGAUGUUCUACGAUGAUGAACUAGAAUCCUGUGCUGACAAGCUAAAAAGAGAAUCCUUAUGCAACUGGAGUCGUCUUCCUUGCAAGGGAUUUCCAAUUGUUUUUGAAGGAAUCAAGGGACGUGACAUGCGUGAGGAGAAAAGUCCAUCAUUCUUCAACCCCGAGGAGGCAGCUGUGGUUGUGCAGUAUGUCAAAGACUUGAAGGAUGCAAGAGGAAUCAAUGUGCUUACCUCUCAGAUUGGGGUCAUUUCACCCUACAGAAAACAGGUUCAGAAAAUAAGGAUUCUGCUUGACAAGGCUAACAUUACAGAUGUGAAGGUUGGUUCUGUUGAAGAAUUCCAAGGACAAGAAAGACGAGUUAUUAUCAUAUCCACAGUGCGAAGCAGCCAUGAAUAUCUUCAGCUUGAUGCACAGUUCAAACUGGGUUUCUUGAAGAAUCCAAAGCGGUUUAAUGUCGCAAUCACAAGGGCUCAAGCUUUACUGAUUGUGGUUGGAAAUCCUCACGUUCUAAGCAAAGAUCGACACUGGAAAAGAUUCAUAAAGUUCUGUAAAGAUUCCAAAGGCUAUAGGGGAUGUGACUUCAAGCCAGCAGGUGAGGAUGAUGAAGAUCUAAUAAAUCGCCUGAAGCGGGUUCACUUGGACACAAAGGAAGCUUUGCAAGCUGUUGAAUCUAUGGAAGACAACACUGUAACACAGACUGAACACCCUGCAUGGCACAAACAUGAAGAAUUUUAAAUUGCAACCACUGAGAUUUUAAGUUUUAAAUUGUUGUAGAUCAUAUAAAGCAUUUAAAUGGAUGUUGUUUUGACUGAGAACCGACCUUAAAGGUCGGUAGGGAUGUCAGAGAACUGUCCAUACUAGAAGAUCACUAAGCGAAAUUUAUGGCCUACCAUUCUUAGUACAACACAUUGAGCCCGUGGUUAGUGCCCUGGAGCCUGUUUCAUGAAAGCCCCGUUAGCUUACCAGACCCAAAGCCAUGUUUUAAAAUAAAAAUUUAAAGGAUAAGAAAGCAGGUUCUGGCAGCCAAACCAGUCCUUUUUGUUUCUUUAACUGAUAGGUUUAUUGAAUCAUUUUAAGUGACUUUUGAAAUCUCCAUCAUGGAUGAAAACAGAACAGCUUUACAGGCCCAUUAAGAUACCAAGACUUUUGAGAAACAGGCCCCUGCACUGAUUCAAGAGGUCCCAGUUUGAAACCUGGUUAGGUCAUUGUGUUGUGUUCCCGGACAAAACGAUUACUUCAUUGUGUUCACAAUGCUUCUCUCUCCACUCUGGAGUGUAAACGGACGCAGGCAAUUGUCAAGGAAGCUUGAAGAAAUGCUGAGGGGUAACUGUGUGAUGGAUGGCAUCCCAUCACGGGGGGAGGGGGGAGAAGUAGUACUAAUUAUUGUUGCUUCAUGCUAUGGAAAUCAGGAAGAGUUCCUGCUGUAUGGGCCACUUUGCUUGACUGCAUCUUUACCAACCUUAACCAUUUUUUGUUGUCCAUAAUGUUACAAAGUAACUCUUUUAACUUCUUAGAUUUGAUUGUUAAUUUUCCCUCUAGCUGCUUCAUAUUUCCUCGUAAAUUAGUUACAAGAAUUUCAUGUUAGAU